GCAGCGCUGCCCGAGAGGGGCACGGGCGCCGGGGCGCAGGCAGGAGCAGCCGGAGGAAAACAACAACAGAGCCCUCACGCCGGCGGGCGGCUCGUGGCCGCCCGGGGAGCCCCAAACUUCAUCGCGGCGAAAGUCACUAUCAUAUGACAAAGGCUUUGCCGCAGUUCAUCUCCUUGUGUACUUUCCAUUUGCCUUCCUGGGCAUGAAGAUUGAGAAGCAUUACAUCCAGAGUGCAUAACAAAUUACACUGCACAAAAUAGACACUUAAAUAGAAAAGAGGGGCAAGCGAAGAAAAUGAAUGGAAAAUACACCAAAUCCCUGAAAUCUCAAACAAUGUGAAAACUGAAAACUGGGAAUCCUGCUGCAUCACGGGAGCUGGGAAUUCUGAUGUUCCAUUGAGAUCACAAUGGAAAGUCUUGACUUGACCGGUACCCUCAGGAAGACCCCACGCCUCUAGCGGUACCUGGUAUCAUCUCCAGCAUGUAUAUAGAUGUGAAGGAUUCACUGGGAUAUUGAGAAAUACCAGAGGCGAACUGUUCCACUGUAGUCACAGUAAUGAAAGGCAGUAGUAGAAAUAAAGAUCAUUCAACAGAAGGAGAAGGGGCUGGAAAACGACCCAAAAGAAAGUGUCUUCAGUGGCAUCCAUUGCUCGCAAAAAAUCUCGUUGACUUUUUAGAAGAGGAGGAAGACGAAGAGGAAGAGGAGGAUAUUGAUAAGGUACAACUUCUUGGGGCUGAUGGCCUAGAGCAAGAUGUUGGUGAGGCUGAAGAUGAUGAAUCACCAGAACAGCGAGCCCGGAGACCAAUGAAUGCAUUUCUCUUAUUUUGCAAACGCCAUCGCUCCCUUGUACGUCAGAAACACCCCAGGCUUGAUAACCGAGGUGCUACCAAGAUACUAGCUGAUUGGUGGGCUGUUCUUGAUCCAGAGGAGAAACAGAAAUACACAGACAUGGCCAAGGAGUAUAAAGAUGCCUUUAUGAAAGCAAACCCUGGCUACAAAUGGUGUCCUACCACAAACAAGCCUGUGAAAUCCCCAACGCCCACUGUCAAUCCACGAAAGAAAUUAUGGGCCUUCCCAUCUGACUCUUCAAGAGACUUGCCAAGCCCCAAGAAAGCGAAGACUGAAGAAAUGCCUCAGCUUAACUUUGGAAUGGCCGAUCCUACUCAAAUGGGAGGACUGAGCAUGCUUCUUUUAGCUGGAGAACACGCCCUUGGCACAUCAGAGGUAUCCUCCAGCACCUGCAGGCCCGAUGCCUCAGAGUCCCCUGAGUUGCGUCAGAAGUCACCGUUAUUUCAGUUUGCUGAGAUAUCUUCAAGUACAUCCCACCCCGAUACUCCUUCAAAACAGUGUCAAGCAUCAGCCUUGUUUCAGUUUGCAGAGAUUUCUUCGAACACUUCGCAGUUGGGUGGUGCCGACCCUGUAAAACGCUGUGGAAAGUCUGCACUCUUUCAACUAGCAGAGAUGUGUCUGGCAUCAGAGGGGGUGAAAAUGGAAGAAUCCAAGUUAAUGAAAGCAGAAGAAUCAGAUGGUGGAAGAAUUAAAGAAUUGGAGAAGGGAAAGGAAGAAAGAGAAAUAAAAAUGGAGAGAACAGAUGAAGUCAGCUUGCAGAAGGAAGCAGAAUUUGAAAAAUCAUUUGGGGAAAAUGUAAAAGAUUCUAAGGAAUUAAGAAAUUUUGAGGAGCUGCAAAUGGAUGAUAUAAUGGCUAUAAAAAUGGAAGAUCCCAAAGAAACUAAAAAGGAAGAGUUAGAUGAAGAUCAAAAAUGCAGUCACUUCUCUGAUUUUUCUUACUCUGCCAGUAGCAAGAUAAUAAUAAGUGAUGUUCCCAGUAGAAAGGAUCACAUGUGCCAUCCUCAUGGAAUUAUGAUCAUUGAGGAUCCCACGACAUUAAACAAACCAGAAAAGCUAAAAAAGAAAAAGAAGAAAAGCAAAAUGGAUCGACAUGGAAAUGAUAAGUCCACACCCAAGAAGGCUGGCAAAAAGAGGCAGUCCUCGGAGUCUGAUAUCGAGAGUGUCAUGUACACCAUUGAAGCUGUUGCAAAGGGAGACUGGGGCAUUGAGAAACUUGGGGAAACCUCUCGCAAGAAGGCCCGCACAUCCUCAAGUGGCAAGGGAAACAUUUUGGAUGCCAAACCACCAAAGAAAAAAGUGAAAUCAAGAGAGAAGAAAAUGUCAAAGGAGAAAUCCUCAGACACCACCAAAGAGUCAAGAUCUCCUGAUCUCAUUAGUAUUUCUGCCAGCAAGAACAUUUCUGGUGUGGUGCCAGAGGGUGUGAAAGCAGAACCAUUGACCCCCACGGAGGUUGCAUUACCAUCCAGCUUAUCAGGGCAGGUCAAGCCUGAGGACAGUGAACCUCACAGAAAAAUAGAGACUUGUGGCUCCCGGAAAUCUGAGAGGUCUUGCAAAGGUGCUCUGUAUAAAACCCUGGUGUCUGAGGGCAUGCUCACCUCUCUGAGAGCUAAUGUUGACAGAGGGAAACGAAGCUCAGGAAAAGGAAACUCCUCUGAUCAUGAAGGGUGUUGGAAUGAAGAAAGCUGGACGUUUAGCCAGAGUGGGACCAGUGGGAGCAAGAAGUUCAAAAAGACAAAGCUGAAGGAAGACUCUCUCCUUGGCUCAGCAAAGCUGGAUGAAGAAUUUGAAAAAAAAUUCAACAGCCUCCCUCAAUAUAGUCCUGUUACAUUUGACCGGAAAUGUGUAUCGGUUCCAAGAAAAAAGAAGAAGACUGGAAACAUGUCCUCAGAACCGACUAAAACCAGCAAAGGUCCUUUCCAGUCUCAGAAAAAGAACUUAUUCCACAAAAUUGUCAGCAAAUAUAAGCACAAAAAGGAGAAGCCUAAUGUUCCAGAAAAAGGAAGCGGGGAUAAAUGGUCAAACAAGCAAUUCUUCUUGGAUGCCAUUCACCCUGCAGAAGCCAUAUUUACAGAAGACAAAAACACCACAGAGCCUGCUUAUAAGGUUAAAAAUGUCCCACCCAUUCCCAACACUCCAGAGCCAACAGCAACGCAAGAACCCCUGGUGGGCAGCCAAAAGAGGAAAGCAAGGAAAACCAAGAUCACACACCUGGUCAGGACAGCAGAUGGCCGGGUGUCACCAGCAGGAGGUACUUUGGAUGACAAACCAAAGGAGCAACUGCACCGGCGCCUCCCUAAAGUGACCGAGACAGGCUGCAGUGACGAGUGCAUACACGGCACCGAGGCCGCCGAGACCCGGAGCAGCACUCCCGAGAUGCCGGCCGUGUCUGCGUUCUUCAGCCUGGCGGCGCUGGCUGAAGUGGCCGCCAUGGAAAACGUGCACAGAGGUCAGAGGUCAACUCCACUCACCCACGACGGACAGCCAAAAGAAAUGCCACAGGCUCCUGUACUUAUUUCCUGCGCUGACCAGUGAAGCGCCCUUUAAUUGUAAAACAUUGUGCUUUACCUACUACCCUAGCCUUGUCUUUACCGAGGGAUGCUCGUGAGCCCAUGUGGUGGGAAAUAUAGACUGCAAACAAGUGCUUGUUGACCUACGUGGCCCAGAUUGACUUGAAGCAGAAGUUAGCUUCCUGGGCCCAUUUGUUCUUUGGGGGUGAUGUCAUCUGUCUGAUAGUGAGCAGAAUUGGAAUGAUCCUGGAGCUUUGCUUUCUAUUGAAGGCUGUUGAUGGUCAUAGGUAGUAACUUGGUAAAAGGCUGCCUUUACUGUAGCUCAUCCAGCAUCUCUUUUACCAACCAGAGAGUGUGAAACUAGUUUCGUAUAUUACCUAGUUAUUCUUUCAAAACAAAAACAAAAAAAAAACAAAACAAAAAAAAACUGACGCACUGCACUAGUUAUUAUUAGAUAUUCUUAGUCUUUUUUGUACAUGGAGAUUUAAGUUCUAAGAUGGUUUAUAUAAUAGGUUAUACCUACAUUUAUAUUGUAGAAUAAUAUUAAAAAGCCUGUUCCAAGACUCCCACGCAGCAUGGGCAGGCAAAUGUACCAUUGUUAGCGGUGUAUGCUCGGCCUUGUGGUCCAUAUAUUCUGCACUUUUAUAUUUGCCACCAGAGUGGUAGUUUGCUGGCAAAAAAAAAAAGAAAAAAGAAAAAAAUUACAAUUCUUACAAGCUGAAUUUUUUUCUUAGCCUUGAGUGACCAAGAAGAAUUUGCUUGGGGCAAAUUGUGGCAAAUAUUUUCCCAGACAGGGGAACAGUCCUGCAGAUAACAGAUGACUGAUGUUUUCAUGCCUUGAGGAUUCUUUUAUUUUUUCACAGGGGUCUACGUGACCAAUGGAUCGUUCAUACAAACAAAAAAAGAGAGAAAAAUAUUAUUCAAAAGUGACCUUAGUAUUACUUCACUAUCCUGAACACAUUGAAGACACUCACUCAUGUGGACUUGGAGCCACAGACAGACCUUUUCCAUCCAUCCCAGACAGACUGGACGGGUAGCAAUCGCUAUGCACAGCCUAACUGGCACUGCAUGUGUUUAGAGCCAUUUCAAGUUCGUGUCGUUACGGAGGUGUUGAGUAAAUGACAAGGGAAGUAUGCCUGACCGGAGCGGGACCCUCAGUCAUAGAUCCACCUGCAAGUUUCUGUUUCCUUGUUGUGUUUUGUUGCUUUUGAACAUAAAAGCCACUCUACAUAUGCCAGUGCCAACUGGAUUAACUGGCUUAGAACAUUCAACAUAUUGACUCAACCACCUGACGUUCACAGUGUCUUGUUUCCUAGCAACAGAUGCAAGUGAUAAAUCAAAAUUAGUCAAAGGCUACAGAUUUUACAGGGUAUUUGUUCCAUAGCACAAAGUACUUCCCCACUCUUGCAUCGCAGCACAAACUACCAAAUUUCAAUUAUUGGAUUCCAGCAAUAAUUUUUAUGAUUUUCAAACUGGCGGAAUUUUGAUAGUGUUAGUUCAAGUUUGAAGCUUUUGAAUUAGAUCUCUAACUGGUGACAGUUUACAAGGUUUUAUCUAGCUUUCUAAUUUAUACUUGACUGAAUUGUAAUGAUGUUUUUUUUCUAAUCGUAAUUUGACCUAAUAGCCAUAUAAAAAAAUGACUCUAUUAGUCCUGACUAGGUUUAGCUUUUCCUGGUUGUAGAUAUUACUUCAGUUCCGGUGCUGGAAAAAUAUGUACAACAUACUAACAGAAUUGAAGACGAAUAUAUAGAGACAUUUUUCCCAAAGCAGGUAAAGAGGGCAGCAGAGCGUUGGCAUGGUGUUCUCAAAGAUGCACACUCGUGCGAAUGGAGGAAGAAGGAUUAGCAAGCAGGGUUAAUCAGAGGUUAAAGCUUAACCCCAUUUACCUAGAAAUAAAUCAGGUGAGCAGCCCCAGAUUUCAGCAUAAUGUUUUUACUAUGAUGCUGUUUUAUUAAUAUUUUCUAAAUCUCAAAACACAAAUUGAAUGUUUGGAAAUUGCUGGGUCCCAGUGUUGGUGGCUGUUGGGAGUUUUUGGACCACUUGCUAACAGUGAUUUUUAAAUUAUUAUUAGCUAAAAUCCAAAAAAAAAAAACCAACAAAAAUUGUAUGGUGCAGAACAUGCACCUUGACAAUGGUACUAACUUGUUAUUCUAUAGAACACAUUAGAAUAGAUCUAUUUUUGCCAGAGCACCCUCCUUCAGUCCUCCGAUUACAUUUCACUAGAGUUCCUCAAGAGAUUGCUGUAUAUUCAUGGGACCUUUUUUAAAAAAGAAGCAAAACAAAAGAUUGCUUUUUUCUAUGUGAUUAAUAUCUUACUUGAUCUGCUUUUCCUAAACCUCAGUGGCUUUUCCCUCAAGCAGGGGUGGGAGUGGGAGGGCAACCUACUGGAUAUGACUGUUUUCAGAUACUUAAAAAAAACUUUUUGUAGAAAUGCUUAAUUUUUAAGCUGUUAGGCACUGAGAGUAGCAGAAAUCCUGCAAAGCUUUAUAGUUCUUUAGAUACUCACCUUGUCGUUUCUCUGAGUGGUGGAAGUCUUGAUUUCAGUGAGAGUGCUUUUCUCAUGCCCUGCAUCUGCUGGAAAGGGGUGUUGGUAUUUUCAGGUAACAACAUGUGUUAGCACAAAUGUUUCAGACCAGUGUGUAGUUCUCCCCCUCCACAGCACCCCCCCCCAUCAUUUUCAUUUCAUUUCUCUCAUUCUUCUCUAUUUUGGAAAAACUGUAUUACUAUGACGUGUACCUUAAUCUGCCACCACCACCAUCCACACUAACGUUUGUCCCACAAGCAUCCUCAAGAGAAAAAGUUGCACCUUAUGUAUAUCUCAAGCAAACCAAAAUAUGAUGCUCUUCUGCUUUGUUUUAUUCUAAAUUGUUGUAUCAUAUCUUUCUGAAACCAUUCUGAAUUUAGUUGAAAUUAUCAAUAUUUAUACUUUUAACCUUAAUUUCUGGAUUCAAACCUGUAUAUAAAUCUUUUGGGAAAAAAAACUGUCCUAGCCCUUCUCUGUGAUGCUGGAAGUGGAUAAUUUAGUGUCUGAUGGAGACACAGUGCUAUUCCAGUUUCCUGUAGCCUGUUAUUUAUUUAGUUAUUCUGGGUAUUUCCUAUGUAAUUUUGAAGUGUGUAGAGUAUAUUAUAGUAACUGAAGCUGCAGCUCUGAGAAGCUGAGUGAAAGAAAAAAUACUGUAAGACAUCCUUUUUAAAAUUUUGCUUUGUUUGGAUACUGUAAAGAAUCAGGAAAAGGAAAAUGUCUCACCGCCACAUUGAAGAUACAGGUUCUUAUCCCCAAAUUAGGUUUGUUCCCAGAUUUUCCGAUCAAAAAAUGUUAGUUCAUUAAAACCCCCUUUAAAGGAUAACUCACAUUGUUGUAAUUCUGACAGUCUUAUGUCAGAAAGAUAUUUAUUUAAUUUGGUCAGAACGCACUUAUUACUAAUGCCACCUUGGAGCCGAAAUGCUGACAUCAGCCCCAUGUUAUCACUGAUACUCUAGUUCCUGCCAUUAAAACUGCUGGAGGGAAAAAAAGUGAACACUAUGAACCAGGAGCAUCUGCACUGGUCUGGCUACUUAGAAUCCAAGAUGUCUAAUCCUGUCAUUUUCUUUUUAAGUCAGAUGCUACUCUGCCUAAGUUGUAAAAUUUGUUUGCACUCUGCAGUCGUUGGCUCACCAUAUGACAGUGUUUGUACCUAUGUAAAAGCUCAAGCAAAUUAGAAAUUGUUACAGAACCAGGAGGAAGCUGAAAACUGAAUGACAUGUUUUGUUUAUACAGUAUGUGUGGGGGAGGGGAGGGAUGGGAACUAUCAAAUAGCUCUGUUCCACGUCUGGCAUUUGGCAUUAAUGUGAAGCAGUGGGACCAUGCUGCCUGCUAAACUACUGUAUGAAUCCUAAGUGUUCUGGAGACCAGCAGCUGGAGGCUGGAGGCCAGCGCCCAUACACCAGGGAGAAGCGCCACCUCUUCACCGAGAGGAUGGAAGGAAGGAAGGAAGGAAGGAAGAAAGACAUGAGCAGCCUGGAGUCCUCAUUUGUAAAGGGAACGUUGGUGUGUGUGUGUGAUGCUGAGGAAGAGAUUCGCCUUUGAUUGCACUGCUCCACAGAGCCCUCAGAUAAGGCCAAUUCUAAUGGGCUACCUCGGCUUUAAAAGUUAAUUUCAGUUAAGUCCUGUUUCAAAGGCUUGUCUUGUUUUGCUUCUGCCUUCAGUGCCACUAUUUUCCACUGCAGUGUUUUGACUUCACAAACCGCCUUCUCCAGAGAGAACAAUGUAUCGCUGAAAAUGGGCAAUAGAAGCAAAUGCUGUUAUUACGUUUGACCUAUAAAGUAUUCAGAGUGACUGCUAAGUGAAAUUAAAUUUUAGCUUUCCCCACAUAGGACCUUGUUUUGCACCUUAUGAAGAGUGUACUAAUUGUUAAAUAGAUGUUGCAUUUAUUUAUACAAGCAUUCCCAAAGAAUUAGAUCUGGAUUUUUGUUUUUGAGUUUUGGGAUUCUUAAAAAUUAUCUUACUUAGAUUCACUAGCAUUAUACUUUAUGAAGAGAAACAGUUUGUUCAGUUCAUCUUACUAGUUACGUCUGGUAAAGUAUUCAGGGUUUGAUGGACUGCGUUGCUUUAGUUUGGAAGUGACAGCUGAGUUUAUUACACUCCAUAAUAAAUGACCUUGUUCUUUUCACUAGGGACAUUAUCUUCCUUGCAUUUCAGAACAAAGAAGCAACAAGAGAGUAAAUAAGACAGAUAUACCCAAUUCUGUCAUACACCUCCAUCUGUGUGUGCUAAGCUUUUCUUCAACAGAACAUAAAUACACAUUUUCUUUAAAAAAAAAGUAAGUUUCCUCUCCUGGCCAAAUUUUAUUUGCGGUGGUAUGAGUUACAGUAGGAAAUUAAAAGAGGAAACCUUGUACUUAAAAGUUCCAUGGCCACUGUUUUCUCGAUGCAGUCAGUGGUCAGAAUUGAUCCUGCCCACAGAUUCAUUUUUGUGCACAGAAUUCAUUGUUGCGGACAUAACUACUACUUCCAAAGAUUUUCUUAUAACUUAGGCCAGAGCUGGUUGCUGAGUAACAAGAACCUAAUUCAAGGCCUCCCAACCUCCUACCCACACCGCUAAUCUUACCUCACAAGCUCUCAAUCACAGGCACACAUGCUUCACAAACUAACAGCUCUCCUGUGGCCCCUGGAGGGGCUUGCUCCUGGCCCCUGACACCUCGUAUUAGUGCCUCCAGCUCUGAGAGUGGCAGGACUGGGGGUGGGGAAGGCUCAUGACCUGGAGCUCAGCACAUGCUCAGCAAUGUUUUUCUUAUUUCUUUAGCACUAAACAAGUCUCUUGCUCUCAGGAAUUUAUCCAAAAAAGAAUUGAAACCACCUGAGAUUCCACAUAGCAGAUUAUGAACUUUCCUCAUAGGUUUGAAUUGCUUAUUUGCCAUAAAUUAACCACAGCUUCAUUUGGCAACCAGGUCUUAAGUCUGUUGACAGUUUCAGCAUGACAGAAUCGCUCAUUUUCUUUUCUUUUCUUCUCUUUUUUUUUUCCUUUGGGCUUUCAGAAAUUUGGCUCGAUUCUCUUUAGAGUUGGUGUAAACAUGCCAUGUAAUAAAUGAUUUCUCAAUGGUACAACGGAAUUAUUGCUUUCUUAGAUGUAUGUGUAGUAAAAGUCAAUAUACACAUUUAUAUAAUUUUUUCUUUAAAAUCUUAUACUUAAUUUGAUAUUUCUAAAAAUUGCACAUGUAAGUCAUGUGUAUAACAUGCUAAAGUACUUUAACUGUGAUCUUAAAACUGAAUAAAAAUAUUUAAUAAA